AUGAAACAAAUUGCUAGUGUGCGUGAAAAUGCGAUUACAUAUCUUAAUCAGAACCACAAUAAAAUAUGGAGUAGAAGCAAGUUUGGCAUAUCAUGCAAGUGUGAUUACAUUACCAACAAUAUUUCUGAAGCAUUUAAUUCUUGGAUAGGCGAAUUUCGUUAUCAACCAAUACUUGAUCUCCUUGAUUCCAUUAGAGAAAAGCUCAUGAAACGAUUUGAUAGGAAAAGAAGAAUUGUGAUGAAGUGGAACGACACUUUAUUUCCUAAGGCAAAAAAGUAUCUCAAUAAUAUCUCCAAGAACUUGGGUGAAUAUGAAGUUUCAAGAACUAGCGAUACUCAAGCUGAAGUGACAUAUAAGACAAAACGUUGGGACGUUAACCUACUUGAGAGAAAAUGCAGUUGUCGGGUUUGGCAAGUUAAGGGUCUCCCUUGUGUACAUGCAGCGGCUUUCAUUGCUUUUACAAGGGAUACCGACUGGGACAAAUAUGUUGAUCCAUAUUUCACUAUAGAGAAAUUCAAAGAAGCAUAUGCUUUAGAGAUUGGUACAAUAUCCGGGAAGGAUCAAUGGGUGCAUAUAGAUACAGGGGAGAAGAUACAUCCACCGAUUACUAAACGUCCUCCUGGAAGACCAAGAAAAAAUAGAAUUAUAUCACUGGACGAACCUAAAAGAAGAAGACAUAAGUGUUCGCGAUGUGGACAGUUUGGACAUCGUGAAAAAACAUGCAAUAACCUACCAUCUCAAGGGUCUGAUCAAUAUGAAACAUCUCAAGCAAGUUCCAAUAAAAGGAGAAGAGAAAAGACUACGAAAGCUCAUGAAAGUGGUGCAGUUUCGGGGUUGAUAUGA